AUGCGAGAUGCCUUCCGCAUCGAGACGCGACGGACACGCGGCAUGCGUCGCGCGUACCACCUGGAGCCACGCACCGACCUGCACUUCCAUGCGUCCGUGCGCGGUGCCAACGUGCGCCUGGACGAGCGGGGCACGCGCGCCACGCGCCGCAAGGGCUUCUGCGGGGGGCUGGCGCUGAGCGCGCGGCCCGUGCGCACGUGCGAGCGCGUCCACGUGCGCCUGGGCACACGCGACUCCGAGUGGCAGGGGGCGCUGCGCGUGGGGUUCACGAGCCGCGACCCCGACACCAUGGCGCUGCCGCUGCCACCGUACGCGCUGCCGGACCUGGUGGACCAGCGCGGCAGCUGGGCGGACCGCGUGCCCGAGGAGUUGGCCGUGCAGGGUGCCGAGAUCGCCUUCUGGGUGCAGGCGGACGGCAGCAUGUUCUGCAGCGCCUGGCUGCCCGGGAGCUCGCGCCGGCGCGGCAGCGCGAGGGUCUGGCGCCUGAAGGGACGCGUGGAGGCGCGGCUUCCGCUCUGGGCCGUCGUGGACGUGUACGGCACCACGCGGGACGUGCAGCUCCUCGGCACGACCGUCCAGCCGCCCGUCUGCUCGGGGCGCAGCUCCGCACGUGUCACUCUCCCGAUCGCGCCCCUGGCGCUCCGCACACCGCCACCACCGCCGUCACCGCCGCCACCGCCGUCACCGCCACGCGACGUCUCCCUGUGCGCCGCGUGCACGCCGGUCGGCACGGAGUGCGUCGUGUGCAUGCACGGGCCGCGGCAGGCCGCCUUCGUCCCGUGCGGGCACUACUGCGUGUGCGAGACGUGCGCCACGCUGCUCUGUGAGUGCCCCCUGUGUCGCUGCCCGUGCAAAAACGUCAUCCGCAUCUACUACUCCUAGUGAGCUGUGAGCUAACGUCAUCCGCAUCUACUACUCCUAGCGAGCUGCGGGCUAACGUCAUCCGCAUCUACUGCUCCUAGCGAGCUCCGAGCUAACGUCAUCCGCAUCUCCUGCUCCUAGCGAGCUAACGUCAUCCGCAUCUACUGCUCCUAGCGAGCUGCGAGCUAACGUCAUCCGCAUCUACUGCUCCUAGCGAGCUGCGAGCUAACGUCAUCCGCAUCUACUGCUCCUAACGAGCUGCGAGCUAACGUCAUCCGCAUCUACUGCUCCUAGCGAGCUGCGAGUUAACGUCAUCCGCAUCUACUGCUCCUAGCGAGCUGCGAGCUAACGUCAUCCGCAUCUACUACUCCUAGCGAGCUCCGAGCUAACGUCAUCCGCAUCUACUGCUCCUAGCGAGCUGCGAGCUAACGUCAUCCGCAUCUACUGCUCCUAGCGAGCUGUGAGCUAGCGUCAUCCGCAUCUACUGCUCCUAUCGAGCUCCGUUGGCACGAGAGGCCUCUGCGGGCGGAGGCAUGGGCCAGAAGGGCCGUGCCGUGCGUGGCCCGGCACGGCCGCGGGUGACGCGACUUUGAGCCGAGAUCAGACGCCGGGCGGUUCGCGUUCGCUCGCAGCAGGACCCCCGUGGGGUCCCCUGCUACCCAUCGGCGCGAAAUACGAGUCGGGGGUUUGCGAGCCUUCCCGGCUUUUCGAUCGCCCAAAAACUCUGAACGACGGACGUUGCACGGCCGAUGUGGCGUGCGGUCGACUGCCGGCCGACCAUGGAGAGCCCCGAACGGAAGCGCCGAAGAGACUCGCCACCGACGGCCGGCGCCGUGAGACGGCGGCAGAAGCCAGACGUGGAGGUUGUGGCCAUCGCGAACAUCGGUCGCUUAUCUCUGCACCACGCCGUACGACAGAAGAAGAAGAAGUACUGCACACCAUACAGACGCGAUCGGUGGAUGCUGUAGAAUGCACACGGACUGCAGAAUUCUUCCCUGUAAAGGAACAACAACUGUACGCAAAUGUUGCACUUUCCCUGAUGCUGUGAUUUCCAUAACCUCAGAACUCUGAUGCUUGUCAACUACGGUGUAGCCAAUACUGUGGUGCAUUCGUGAUGAUGAUGAUAGGAAUUGCCUAUGUUAACUAAUGACCAACUCACUCAGAAAGUACCCGUCUCAUCAGAUCUACGAUGGGAAGUAGACGGGAACCUGGAGAGUGCAGAGAUGGACGCACACACAACGUUCUCAUCACGCUUAGGGGCUAAGUCGUGGGCAGCAGAUGGCAGUGCGGCAUAAUCCAUCAUUGUACUUUACUUCUAUGCUACCUGUCUUCACCAACCACACUGACCAGUGUGGUGAAGUGGAGUCAAGCAACCCCCGUGACUCAUCCUGCAGUGGAUUGAGAUAAGGGUUGUACAUGUGCACAGACGUAACGGCAUCUCAAUGUGGCAACAUUUACUCUGCAUGAGAGAGACGUUGGUCCAAACAUUAAUCACCACCGAGGCACACGCACGCUUGCAGGCCGUUUGACAACCAACACGGUGGCUCCGUGGCCCCUCCAGCGGCGCCGUCACGGGGUGACCGUCUAGCACGACCAAGGGAUUGGGAGCCGGACUGUUCAAGCUAUCUCUAUCGCGUCCAGCAUAUGGUGCAUAUGCUGCACGUUGUCCGUAGGUUCGCAGCAGAAGUUGUCAUGUAGCUUUACCCAAUGAGGCAAUGUGAGAGUAAAUAUAAAUGUUUUGUACGUUUAGACCAUGAUUUGCCGGCGCACGUCACGUGAAGUUUUUAACCGGGCAGUAUUUACCAGGGCGGUUGUCUGCCUUGGGCCGCGAGCCGGCGGCGGCGGCGCAGUACGCGCGCGAGGACGGCCACGGCCACGCUGCCUCUGGCGACACUUUCCCUCCACGGCGCUCGGCCUCCGGAACGUGACGUGCCAUGUUGACCGUGGGCCAUGUUGACCGUGGGCCAUGUUGACCGUGGGCCAUGUUGACCACGGGCGUUGGGAUGAAGCCCCCGGGUCACGCAACACCCUCACCUGCAGCACCCUCACAUGCAACACCCUCGCCUGUCACACCCUCACCUGCAACACCCUCACAUGCAACA